GACUUCUGGCAUUUCCCACCUGGACCAGAGAGGCUCAGGGAGCGGCUGGUCUCAGUAGCUCGCUCACAUUAUAGUGUGUUGGGUAUCAACUCGUAUCUCCUCAUACUUCUUCUUGUGAGAUGAGUGCAGGAGCCGCUGUAAUGGAUGAAGAAGGUUUUCCCAUUGUUGCGAACGUAGACUUGUGUGGCUUUUACGCUGGCAGUCCUGGGCAUCAAGAUCAGGAAUCAGGCGAGAGGACGAGCCAACAAGUGGUUGUCUUAAGACGAUCUCCUGAUGGCAGCCGUAAUCAGUCAGACAUGAGGGUGUUCAGUCGCAGUCUCAAGACCCAGCUUGAUGCCCUGCGGUACUUCUUCACCCGCCGGGAGCUUCAUCUCCAUUGGAAUUUCUUAUCUUCGAGUCCCAAUCUGCACCUGGACAGUCCUCGGAUGCCAUUUCAUGACGUUUUUGAUUCUCCUUCAUCAAAUCUGUCCUUUCCGCCAGCAGGAUUCAGACGUGAGCAUGAGCUGCAUCUCGAAAAGAUAACAACAAAAAAGCCCUUCAGACUUCCUCCUCCUCCUUCCUCUUCUUAUAGUGAAAGAAAACCAAAUAAAAAAGAAGUCAACAUAAGCAUAUGGAAAGAGUUCUGCCGCGGCCAGUUAGCUUUCGACGACGGUGCAGUGGAAUGGAAGGAACUGAAAAACAAGUGUAGAUUCUGGAUUCCUUUUCAGGUUGUCUUGGGAGAUUUUGCAAUUUUUUUGCCAUGCUGUGUGAUUUGGUUGCUUAGAUUGAUAGUAGUAACAUUAAAAAUAUGUCUACCGUCCGUAGGACUGCAAAUAGUGUACUAUCACAUUCUGUACAAUCACAUAAAAAUUCACCUAAUUGGAAACGAGAGAGGGGUAGAUCCUGUAUUUACUGGUGCAGUCUAUCAAGGUCCCAUAAUAUACAGCGUCAGGUAUGCCAGCUGCCCUUACUGCAGGUACAAAAGGGAAUCCAGAGUGUUGCUCAAGUAUUUUGAUAGCCUAUGCCAAGAGAGAAGGGAAAUGGCUGUUAGGUAGUGAUGACCUGUGUGUAGAAACAUUUGCUCGUGUAACCAGAUACUCUACCCAUGUAAUGGCAAUCAGGAAAUCGCCUAAUUAUGAAAGUUUGCUCUUGAUGCGGCAUUUAUUUUUUUUUGCUACGCAAAAAAAAAGAAAAAUAUGUACUUGCCACUGGUGGUUUACGGACAGCUGCAUUUUAUAUCAGUUAUAUAACACAUCCUCAAAAAGAUGGCAAUGAAGUCAUCAAGAUGUUCAUGAAUAAAUAUGCAUAUGAAGUACUAUUGCUGUUGCAGUUAUAAGAGAUCAGAAGCAUUAUUUUGCUAAAAUAUUCCAAAUGCAGUGCAGUAAGUUAAGAAAAGAUCAUCAGAAUACAAUUGAUGGUUGGUUGGUCUCGGUGUAGUCUUAACUAAAGACCCUCACCGCCAUGACCCCAAAAAAAAUCCAUAUAGAUGACUUGAAAAUCAGUUGUAACUAAAAAAAAAAACUGUUUUUCUUUGGUCUGUGAGAUCUGAAAACAGUAUUAGUGUUAGAGCCCAGUUUUUUUUUUUUUUUUUUUUUUUUUUACAUAUAUUCACUCUUAUGAUUAUGGGGUCGAGUCUGCUCCUACGAUUUUUUUCUCGCAGGUUGCCUGUAGCAUCUCUAUAAACUGAAUAUGGUGUUGUCUCCCAAUACCUCGUGUGUGUACUCACCUAUUUGUGGUUGCAGGGGUCGAGUCUUAGCUCCUGGCC